CCUCCGGUUCUCCCGUGGGUCUCGUCGAGCGUGCUGUUCCCGCCUGUUAAUGUCGUUCAUGCGGGUCACAGCAAAGAUGGAGUGUGCGUGGAAGCCAGACGAGCAAGGACUCCAGCAGAUUUUACAGCUGCUCAAAGAGUCCCAGUCCCCGGAUACAUCCACGCAAAGAUCCGUCCAGCAAAGACUGGAGCAGCUGAAUCAGUUUCCUGACUUUAACAACUACUUGAUAUUUGUUCUGACCAAGCUCAAAUCAGAAGACGAGCCCACGCGCUCCCUGAGCGGCCUAAUACUGAAGAACAACGUGAAGGCUCACUAUCAGAAUUUUCCUCACGGCGUCUCAGAUUUCAUUAAGAGCGAGUGCCUCCAAAACAUCGGAGACUCCUCGCCGCUCAUCCGUGCCACCGUGGGUAUUCUGAUCACCACAAUUGCAUCCAAGGGAGAGCUGCAAAAUUGGCCGGAGCUUUUGCCCAAACUGUGCCAGCUGCUGGAUUCAGAAGACUACAACACGUGUGAGGGGGCCUUCGGAGCCCUGCAGAAGAUCUGCGAGGACUCUGCAAAGAUCCUGGACAGCGACACGCUGGAUCGUCCCCUCAACAUCAUGAUCCCCAAGUUCUUGCAGUUCUUCAAGCACAGCAGCCCCAAGAUCAGGUCUCAUGCCAUCGCCUGCGUGAACCAGUUCAUCGUCAGCAGGACUCAGGCCCUCAUGCUACACAUCGACGCUUUCAUCGAGAACCUGUUUGCGCUGGCCACUGACGAGGAGCCCGAGGUGCGCAAGAACGUGUGCCGAGCGCUCGUCAUGCUGCUGGAGGUGCGCCUGGACCGACUGCUGCCGCACAUGCACAACAUCGUCGAGUAUAUGCUCCAGAGGACCCAGGACCAGGACGAAAACGUGGCGUUGGAGGCCUGCGAGUUCUGGCUGACGUUGGCCGAGCAGCCGGUGUGCAAAGAAGUGCUGUGCGGACACCUCUCCAAGCUCACUCCGGUGCUCGUCAACGGGAUGAAGUACUCCGAGAUCGACAUCAUCAUGCUCAAGGGCGACAUCGAGGAGGACGAGGCCAUCCCCGACAACGAGCAGGACAUCCGCCCUCGCUUCCACCGUUCCCGCACGGUCGCCCAGCAGCACGAGGGCGACGGCAUCGAGGACCGGGACGACGACGACGACCUGGACGACGAUGACGACACCAUAUCGGAUUGGAACCUGCGUAAAUGUUCAGCGGCGGCGCUGGACGUCCUGGCCAAUGUGUUCCGGGACGACCUGUUGCUGCACAUUCUGCCGCUUCUCAAAGAACUGCUCUUUCAUCCCGAGUGGGUCGUCAAGGAGUCGGGCAUCCUCGUGCUGGGAGCCAUAGCUGAAGGCUGCAUGCAGGGAAUGAUCCCGUACCUCCCCGAGCUGAUUCCCCACCUGGUCCUGUGUCUGUCGGACAAGAAGGCACUGGUGCGCUCCAUCACCUGCUGGACGCUGAGCCGCUACGCCCACUGGGUGGUCGGCCAGCCCCCCGACGUCUACCUGAAGCCCCUCAUGACCGAGCUUCUCAAGCGCAUUCUGGACAGCAACAAGCGCGUGCAGGAGGCCGCUUGCAGCGCCUUCGCCACCUUGGAGGAGGAGGCGUGCACAGAACUGGUGCCCUACCUGGCGUUCAUCCUGGACACGCUGGUGUUCGCGUUCAACAAGUACCAGCACAAGAACCUUCUCAUCCUUUACGACGCCAUCGGAACCCUCGCUGACUCGGUGGGACACCAUCUGAACAAACCGGAGUACAUCCAGAUGUUGAUGCCUCCUCUGAUCCAGAAAUGGAACCAGCUCAAGGAUGAAGACAAAGACCUCUUCCCCUUGUUAGAAUGUCUGUCCUCUGUGGCUACGGCCCUGCAGAGCGGCUUCCUGCCCUACUGCGAGCCGGUCUACCAGAGAUGCGUCAACCUGGUCCAGAAGACCCUCGCUCAGGCCAUGCUGUAUCAGUCUCAGCCAGAGCAGUACGAAGCGCCAGACAAAGACUUCAUGAUCGUGGCUUUGGAUCUCCUCAGCGGCCUGGCCGAGGGUUUGGGAGGCACCAUUGAGCAACUGGUCGCCCGCAGCAACAUCCUCACCCUCAUGUACCAGUGCAUGCAGGACAAAAUGCCUGAAGUGCGUCAGAGUUCCUUCGCUCUGCUGGGGGAUCUGACCAAGGCGUGUUUCCAGCAUGUCAAACCGUGCAUUGCUGACUUUAUGCCCAUACUGGGUACUAAUUUAAACCCCGAGUUUAUAUCCGUGUGCAACAAUGCAACAUGGGCAAUAGGAGAGAUAGCCAUACAAAUGGGGCCUGAAAUGCAGCCGUAUGUUGCCGUGGUGCUGCACCAGCUGGUGGAGAUCAUUAACAGGCCCAAUACACCAAAGACGCUUCUGGAAAACACAGCAAUAACAAUUGGUCGUCUUGGUUACGUUUGUCCUCAAGAGGUGGCACCCAUGCUACAGCAGUUUAUAAGACCCUGGUGCACCUCCCUGCGGAAUAUAAGAGACAACGAGGAGAAAGACUCUGCUUUCCGAGGAAUUUGCACCAUGAUCAGCGUCAACCCGGGAGCCGUCGUACAGGAUUUCAUCUUCUUCUGCGACGCGGUGGCGUCCUGGGUCAACCCCAAGGAAGAUCUGCGAGACAUGUUCUGCAAGAUCCUUCACGGCUUUAAGAACCAGGUCUUUGAUGUCAGGAGACAGCAUAGGGAACCUCUUUUACCCAGGGAACACCACGUCCUUUAGCAGGGGGGAGGAUCUGCCUGACGAGGGGAGGGGGAGGGUGCGCCGGGCCCCUUACCCCCUCACCUGGAGGAACGGGGUGGGAGGGUGGCGGCACUCCCGGUGGGCCCCCGCGGGGGCCGGGGAGAUCCGAGGGGAACCGACCGGUUCAGAAACAAUCACGGGAGGACAAAAUAACCAAAAGUCACCUGUCAUAAUCAUGACGUCAUUGUUUUUCCUUUGAGGUUCCGCAAAUUCUGACGUAUUUCGUGGCUGUAUCUAAUAAAGCGGAACUCGGACCCCAGUGUUCUGGAACAAGCGUCCACGCGAAAGGAAGAUCCUUUUGAAAUGAUCGAUUUUCUCUAGUGGUAGAAAAGUAGGGAAUUGCCUGAGUUCAAAUGCGAGGAGAAGAAAGGCAGAAUUGUACAAGAGUAAAGUUGGAUUUUGUUUUGCAUGAAUAGCUGUCAUUUCUACGAAGGUAAAGUAAGUGACUUUGCAACUCAUAAUGUUACGGAAAUAAAUACAAAUCGGAAAUAAAGGGGUCGUUUUAAGAUGAAAGUUAAAAUUUGACAUCAAGUUGUACUUUUAUGACAAUCCAGCUGUUGUGAAAUAAAAUAGUCACAGUUUAUAUAAAUUGUCAUAUGUUUAAGACCAUAAAAGUCCUAAUUGUACGAGAAUAAAAUCGUACUUUCUGCAAAAAUAGUUAUAAUUUCACAAAAAUGAAGCUGUAAUUUUACAAGUGUAAAAUCGUAACUUGACAUGAAUAGUUGUAAACUGUACGAGAAUAAAGUCUUCCUUUGACAAAAUAGUUGUAGUUGAACAAAAAUGAAUCCAUAAUUUUACACGAGCAAGGCUGUAAUUUUACAUGAAAAGGGAAAUACGAAAAUGAAAGAGUGAUGCCGUAAUUUCACAAAAAUUGGACGAAAAUAUAGCCCUGAUGUUGUUAAAACAGUCGUACUUUUACGAAAGUAAAGCGGUAGGUCUUCACGGAUACAAUUGUAAUUUAAUAUCAAUUCAGUAAAACUAAAAUAAUGAAUACAUAAUUUUGUCAUUUGACAAGAGUGAAGUCAGUUUUACGUGAAAAUAAAGCCAUAAUUAAGCUGUAAAUAAAUAAUUAAGCCGUAAAUGAAUAAUUUUGUCAUUUUACAAGAGUAAAGUCCGUUUUACAUGAAAAUAAACCCGUAAUUUUGCAAAAAACGAUUUGGAAUUUUAUGAAAAUAAAGCCUUAAUUUGACAAUAAUAGUCAUAAUUUGACAAUGUCUGAAUUUUAGAAACAUAAUGUCACUAUUGAGGAUAAAGUUGCCAUUCUAUACAAAUAGUUGCAACUGUGAGAAUAAAGUAGGAAUAUUACGACAUUUGUGGAUAAUCUGACAUUUGCACGUUAAAAUGACCAUUUUUAUUUUUGCGAUAUUUGUUGGAAAAAGUACGACAAUUCUUUUCUCGUAGCAUUAUGACUUUUUGUCGCACUAUUCCGACUUUACGCCAAUGUUUCAGAAGAGCACGGUGGGUUUGGGAAAUCAUGUAAAAAACACACACACACAAAAAAAAAAAAUGCUAUUAAUGAUAAUAACGAUGUUA